GCCCAGGGAAAUGUUUCAAGCUUUCCCCGGAGACUACGACUCCGGCUCCCGGUGCAGCUCCUCACCCUCCGCCGAGUCUCAGUAUCUGUCUUCGGUGGACUCCUUCGGCAGUCCACCCACUGCCGCCGCCUCCCAGGUAAGUUCUAGAGGGUUGGGGUGCUGCUUUAUGGGUUUUCUUUCUUUCUUUCUUUUUUAAGUCAGGGUUGGAACGCGCCAUCCCCCCUCCCAAAUAAAGACGCAUCAAAACUCAGGAUCUGAGAGAGAAUAGACUCACCGCGCACUUUGCAAACUGCAGAGUCGGGGCGUGUUUGCAAUUGGUUGUGUGCGUGGAUCGCAGGAAGGGAACGCAGAGGGGUUAGCUUUGGGGGUGGGGAGAAUGCUCCGUUCAGUGCAACGUGUAUGCGGUAGCAGGGCUGCUAACUUUUAGCCUGCUCCGGGACUGCCCCCGACCCAGGUCCCCAACCUGAAGCUAGCUCAGUUAGGCAGGUGGGGAAGUCCCAGGGAAGCUUCCAGUAGCCUCCUCCCUUUUCCUUCUCCAACCGAGCGCCUACUCCGGCAUCGGGUUGCGCUCGAUCCAGCGGGUAAGCUGGCCUCGAACCCUCGCUUGGAGGCGCUGCCUCCGCCUCCUGCGCGGAGACGUAACGGGGGACCCGUGCGUAACGGCUGACGCGCUGGAAUCCUCCGUCUGACGCGGGGCACGCACGGCGCGCGGCGCCCCCUUCGUCCGCCCCGCCCCUGACGUCCCGGAGCGUUCUAUUUUGGAACGCCGGGGCCACGUUGCUAAGGGAGGGGGCAGCUCGGCGUUCCGAUUGGCCGCCGCGGCGCGGGUUUUGGCCAAUCAACUUUCCCUUCCUAUUUGUAGGGUACAGUUCCCUUCCCCCUCUCUGUCCCCGGAACUCGUGGUUCCUUGGCGCUAGGGUCUCUUUUACGGGCCUCUAAAGGCAGAGCGAGGGGAUUCCUGUCGCGACAGGAGCGACUCUCUGCGAUCCAAUGGGUCCGCGAGGACCCUGCGGCGAGCCGGCCCCUCCGAUCUCAGGGGCCGAGGGUGCCUGUGUGCAGGGGUUUCUUUGGGAGACAUGGGUGACUGUCACCCUUUUCUCCAGGCAUACACAGACACAGUCCCAGCCCCUCUGCCAAAUCCCUCUGCUGUGUCCGAGGACCGGACUGGAACCGCUAACCGCAGGGGGAACGAGCCAGGUGGUCUCCAGGAGCCCCGCCCUCUCUGGGCUUCCAGGACUCUGAUUGGCCAGCGAGCCAGCCCUUCCCUCACCACGCCCCCUGGGAGAGUAGUUAAGCCUUCCGAGCAGUUCUAGGAUUCCAUUUGGGGGGUGGGGGGGGGGGUAGAUGAGCGCGGCUCGGGCUCGGGGGCCCGGGACCUACACCCUUCUCCCUCCGCGGCAGUCUGAGGGUGCCCGGGUCGUCACUUUCUCUACCUGUCCGUCCACCGUAACCUGUCACUUGUCAGCCUCACCCCGUGGAGAAACAAUUACUUGAAACGUUGUUCUAAACUCCUAGGCCUGUCCCCCAACACCCUUUUAACUAAGACCCCCGCCCCUGCACGGAGGUCUCAUGGACCUUCCAGUCGCUCAUCCCCCCGGCUCAGAGGGGUGUGUGUGUGUGUGUGAGUGUAGAGGAAGGCUUGGCCUCAGGCCUCUCCCUCUCCCUCCCCUUGCCUGUGGGGUGGGGGUGGGGUGUUGUGGCUGUGUGUGUGGCUGUGACUCCUUCCCGGGGGUUCUGUCACCCGGCUGUGUCCAGCCUCCUCCCCACCCCCCCCCCACCUAAGAGUCACCAACCCGGGGUGUGAUUCACCACCCGCUGGAACCGUGCAACCUUUCCCCGAAGAAGAAGGAGGAGGUAGAAGCCAGUUGAGCAGAAAUCCUCUCAUUAACCACUGCGUCACGGUGUAGUGGAAGGGAGUGCGCCGGUCUCGGGGAAAUGCCCGGUUCCUUCGUGCCCACGGUCACCGCGAUCACAACCAGCCAGGACCUCCAGUGGCUCGUGCAACCCACCCUCAUCUCUUCCAUGGCCCAGUCCCAGGGGCAACCACUGGCCUCCCAGCCCCCGGCCGUCGACCCCUACGACAUGCCAGGAACCAGUUACUCCACGCCGGGCAUGAGUGGCUACGGCAGUGGCGGAGCCAGUGGCAGUGGCGGGCCUUCCACCAGCGGAACCGCCAGCGGACCUGGGCCUGCCCGUCCGGCCCGAGCCCGGCCUAGGAGACCCCGAGAGGAGACGCUUACUCCGGAAGAGGAGGAGAAGAGAAGGGUUCGCCGGGAAAGAAACAAACUGGCAGCAGCAAAGUGUAGGAACCGUCGGCGGGAACUGACCGACCGACUCCAGGCGGAGACAGAUCAGCUGGAGGAAGAAAAGGCAGAGCUGGAGUCGGAGAUCGCCGAGCUCCAAAAGGAGAAGGAACGUCUGGAGUUUGUGCUGGUGGCCCACAAACCGGGCUGCAAGAUCCCCUACGAAGAGGGGCCGGGGCCGGGCCCGCUGGCGGAGGUGAGAGAUUUGCCGGGGUCAGCAUCCGCUAAGGAAGAUGGUUUCAGCUGGCUGCUGCCGCCCCCACCACCACCGCCCCUGCCCUUCCAGACCGGCCAAGACGCAUCCCCCAACCUGACAGCUUCUCUCUUUACACACAGUGAAGUUCAAGUCCUCGGUGACCCCUUCCCCGUUGUUAACCCUUCGUACACUUCCUCGUUUGUCCUCACCUGCCCGGACGUCUCCGCGUUCACCGGCGCCCAACGCCCCAGCGGCAGUGACCAGCCUUCCGACCCCCUGAACUCGCCCUCCCUUCUUGCUCUGUGAACUCUUUAGACACAAACCAAACACACACACAAGGGAGAGAGAUUUGGAAGAGGAGGAGGAAGAGAGAGAGAGGGGAAGAGACAAAGCGGGCGUGUGGCCUUCCUGCCUCUCGUGUCUGACUCCCUGCGACCACUGUCAUCGGACAGGAGGACCUCCUUGUGUUUUGUGCCGCCUCUUGUUUCUAUGGCCCGGCGAGGCCACAAAGCUGGUGACUUUGGGGGCAGGGGGUGGGGAGGGAAUGGACACCCCCCAGCUGCCUGUUGGCCCUUUCACCUCAU